CGCAGUUUCGCGGCACCUUUGCGCUCUCGCUCAUCCUCACUCUAUUUCGCGAUGCCGAAGGCUCCAUCCUCAUUCUCCAAACAGCGCGGAGGUCGCGCGUCUGGCAGCAAUGGCGGCCCUUCAUCCUCCUCCUCGUCUGGCGGUCCCAAGUUCUCGUCCGCGGCCCCAUCGCGCAACUCGCAGGGCUCUCUCACCUCGCAGAUGCGACAAGACGACCUAGCCUCGCGAUUUGGCUCCGUCUCGCAACCUGGACGGCGUAACAAGAACAAGCAUGGCAAUCGAUACGAGGAUGUCGAGCAGGACGGCGAGGACGCAGCAGCGGCAGGCCCAUCUAGCCAGCCCUUUGUCACGGGUGGCAAGGCCGGAGGCGCACCGCGUGGGGACAAGUACGUCGACAAGAAGCUGUCGGGCAAGAUUCUGAGGCUAGCGCGUGAGCAGCAGGAGGAGAUUGAGGAGGAGGAGGAGCGAGCGGCCGGACUGCAGGAGAUGCCGUCGUCACAUCGCGGGGAUGGAAUCAUGCCGGAGGAUGACGAGGGCGAACAAGCGGGGAUGGCCUCCGACGACGGCGAGCUCGAAGACGACGAAGGCGAAGAGGAAUUCGAAUACGAAGACGUCGAAGUCGAUCCGGAGGAAGCGGAGCUGCUCGAACGGAUGCGAUCGGAUCGCGUCGAGGAGGAGGGCGGGAGGAGGACACUCGCCGACUUGAUCAUGGACAAGAUUGAGGCCGCCGGUGGGAAUGGUGGUGAAGGGGAGAAGGAAGAUGAUGGCAUGGUCAUGGGCAUGAACCCCAAGAUCGUUGAGGUCUACACCAAAGUCGGCGAACUCCUCUCGCGCUACAAGUCCGGACCGCUCCCCAAGGCCUUCAAGAUUCUCCCUUCCCUCCCGCACUGGGAGAUUGUACUCUCCCUCACCUCGCCGCAGACUUGGACACCGCACGCCACGCUCGCAGCGACGAGGAUCUUCGUCUCCAACUUGAAGGCAGCGCAGUCGCAGCGCUUCUUUGAGCUUGUUCUGGGACCACGCUUCAGGGACGAGGUCGAGCUGAAGAAGAAAGCCAGCUACCAGAUCUACGAGAGUCUGGCGAAAGCGCUCUACAAACCAAGCGCCUUCUUCAAGGGCAUCCUCUUCCCCAUCUGCGAGAGCGGGACUAUGACGCUCAAGGAGGCGGCGGUACUCUCAUCCGUGCUCACCAAAGUCAGCGUACCGAUGCUCCACUCGGCCGCAGCGCUUCUCCGUCUCGCCGAAAUGGAGUACAGCGGUUGCACGUCUCUAAUCAUCCGAACUUUGCUCGCUAAAGCGUACGGCCUACCGUGGAAGGUCAUUGACGCUCUAGUAUUCCAUUUCCUGCGCUUCGCGGAUCCGUCAAAGGGAGUCGAGAAGGUCAAGGAUGGGUCCGGGGCGAGAAGAAUGCCGGUGCUCUGGCAUCAGUCCCUUCUUGUCUUCUGCCAGUUAUACAAGCAGGAUUUGACUCCUGAUCAGAAGACCGCUCUACUUGACCUUAUCAGAGUUCAGAAGCAUCCAGGCAUCGAGCCCGACAUCAGGAGGGAACUCAGCACGGGUACGGCGCGAGGCGAGAUGCUGGAAGAGCCAAUCGACGACGCGGAUAGCAAUUACGCCAUGUCAGGGUGAAGCACCGGCGCUGUCCAGAAAAUGCAAUACCUUUCUAUGCUGCAU